AUGUCCACAACGGAUAACAUAGAUCUUUCUGAACUGAAACGUCUUCAAUGCUUUAACGACGCUGUAUUCGCUAUUGUCGCGACCAUCCUAGUUUUACCGAUAAGAAAGCUCGAGGAGAACGCAAAGGAAAACGUUAGUCUUGCGGAUCAGCUCGGUGAUCGAUGGCCCCAGCUUGUGAUAUAUUUGGUUGGAUUUCUCGUGAUUUGUGCUGUGUGGGAAUCGCAUGUCCUUCGCUUUCGAAUCUUGUCCCGAGUCGAUGACGUUCUCGUCUGGUUCAACCUCGCAUCGCUGCUGUUUACCUCAUUUCUACCGUUCACAUGCGCUCUGGAGGGUAUGUUCACCAACAAGUACCUUCCGAUGAUGCUUAUCUGCGGGAACUUGCUCACCCUUGAGAUUCUAGAAGUCGUUAUGAUCGUAUAUGCUUUUCACCAUCCGCAACUCUUGGACGAAGAAUUUGAGGAGCUCACGCAACCCGAAAUCAGACAAAGAAUGAAACUAAUGCUGGUGAAGAAAGCUGUAAAUCCCGUUUUGUAUGUUUUAGCCGGAGUGAUCAGCAUUGCCCAGAUACAACUUGCUUUAGUCGUGGUGGCAAUAGUCAUAUUCUCGCCUUGCAUUAACCGCUUCGUGGGUGUUGUUUAUCGGAGGGUUUCGCGCAUCCCCCUGACCGGAUCCGAGUUCGACCGAAUGUUCGGAAACUUCGUAGAUAAAGAGAGAGUGGAAUUUUUCAGCGAUGGUCUGUUCGCGAUCGUAUCUACGCUGCUCAUACUGGAUAUCACAGCGGAAGAUUUUCCGAAGAAAGGAGACGUCGAAAGCGUUGGUAUCCAGAAAACAUUGUUGCACAUGAAGUCGGAGAUCUUCACUUAUGGGGCUACCUUCGUGGUUGUCGCGCUUUUGUGGUUCACGCACCACUCGCUCUUCCACCGCAUCGAGAGGCUGAACCAAGUGAUGCUGGUCUGCAAUAACAUCUCAUUGGCAUUCGUGGGUUUGUCGCCAUUAAUUAACGUGACACUGAAUCGUUAUGCAGGGCACGGCAAGACUGACAGCCGACUUGCUGUCCAAUCGGGAGCGAUUAUCGUUUUUGGUGCCAGUAUUUUUCAAGCAAUUCUUUUUAUUAUCGCUUUACUGAAAGGUCCUAACUUUCUCCAGUCCCGCGCGGAUCCUCACGUGUCGUCUCGCGCACACACGUACCUCGCACUGAAGCUCAGUGUCAUUCCACUCAUGACCUUCCUCGUAUACAUAUCAGCCACGGUGUGUCCAAGCGCCUCGUUAUCAGAUGACGUGUAUCACAUUGUCGCUGGACUCACUCCUGUUAUAUUCAUCGUGCUGAAGAUCGUCUUCUCAUGUUGCCGGCGCUGUUGUCGGCUGUCGCUUUGCGAUGUGCAGCAAGAACCUAGCCAUUAUUCAUCAGAAUUUUACGACAUCAUCGAAGUUGAUUAA